AUGGAGGACAGGAAAGCAAACAUCAUCGCUGCUGUAACUAUCUUAGCCCUUCUCGCGGUGAUAAUCGCCGCCCGAGUUUGCCUGAAACUCUCCAGGACCUUCUUCCUCAUCGCCGGCGUGGACAUUUCGUUGAUCCUCGCCGUGAUCUGUUUCCUCAUAAUCCGCAGCCGUUACAACAGAGAGAGGAAGCUCUUGGUAUCCAAGUACGUCUCCGAAGGCAGAGAGCUCCGAAUCGAGUACAGUUUCCUCAGAAAAGUCGCCGGAGUCCCAACGAAAUUCAAGCUCGAGGACCUCGAAGAAGCCACCGACGGAUUCCGAUCCCAGAUCGGGAAAGGCGGGUCGGGAUCUGUGUUCAAAGGAGUUUUGAAAGACGGAAGCCAAGUCGCUGUGAAGAGAAUCGAAGGAGAAGAGAAAGGAGAGAGAGAAUUCAGAUCCGAAGUAGCCGCCAUAGCUUCCGUGCAGCACAAAAACCUAGUUCGUCUUUUCGGCUACUCAUGCCCCAAUCGCCAGAGAUUCCUCGUCUACGAGUACAUCCCAAACUCGUCUCUCGAUAUCUGGAUUUUCCCGGAUAGAGGAAACAGGAGAAGAUCCGGCGGCGGAUGCUUGUCUUGGGACCAGAGGUACCAAGUCGCAAUCGAUGUAGCGAAAGCGCUUGCUUAUCUUCACCAUGAUUGCCGAUCGAAGAUUCUGCAUCUAGACGUGAAACCAGAGAACAUUCUCCUCGACGAGAAUUACAGAGCGGUAGUCACCGAUUUCGGACUCUCGAAGCUUAUCGCUAGAGACGAGAGCAGAGUCGUGACGGAUAUCCGCGGGACUUGCGGGUAUUUAGCACCGGAGUGGCUUCUAGAACACGGGAUCUCGGAGAAAUCCGACGUUUACAGCUACGGAAUCGUGUUGUUAGAGAUGAUCGGAGGACGGAGGAGUAUCACAAGGGUAGCGGUUGAGGAAACGAAGACGAACACGACCACGAAGAAGAAGGAGAAGAAGAAGUUGGAGUAUUUUCCGAGGAUUGUGAAUAAGAAGAUGAGAGAAAGGAAAGUAAUGGAGAUUGUAGAUCAACGGCUGAUAGAAGACGAAGAGAUAGAUGAAGGGCAAGUGAUGAAACUGGUGUGUGUGGCUUUGUGGUGUUUACAAGAGAAGGCUAAGAGUAGGCCUGAUAUGGCUAUGGUGAUUGAGAUGAUCGAAGGGAGAGUUCCGGUGAAUGAGCCGCCGGAUUCCGAAGUUGUCGUGGUCGAUCUUUUGGCGGCUGAUGAUGAUGCAGCUACAGGUGUUCGACGGGUUGUGAAUAUUCCGAGAUUGCACAUUCAGAGGGAGAGGAAUUUUCGUUUACCGUCCAUUUGCUCUAGCAUCAUAUCUCCCAUCUCUCCACGCUAG